CAGUGGAGCUUUGUGCUGGAGGUUUCACCUCCUACGAUUUCGGGCAAGACUGGCCCAGGCACUCUAGUCACUUGGAAGGCGGAAAGGAAGGAAGUACCUGAGCAAGGUAUGAGCCACUCAGAGGCAGCCUGGGGCCGCCACUCACCUCGGGGAGGUGGAGCUGGAGUCCGGACCCACCCGGAUCGAGAGGAAAAGCGAGCUCUGGGCCCGCCAGGUGAGGGAAGGAACGCCCGCCCGCUCACCUCCGAAGAGGCGGGGCGUGGCUCUCGAUUCCCCGCAGGGGCGGUGCUGGCCGAUCACCUGGGCCGAGGCGGAACUGAAGAGUCCGGUCACUGCCCGGAGAACCUGUAACUAAGACUCACCUGUGCGGGGGCCGGAGGCGGGGCCGGGGCCAGAACUCACCUGAGCCGGCGGAAACUUGCCCCGGGGGUAGCCCCGGGUUCGCCCAGCGAGGAAGGGGAGGCGCCACCGGCCGGCCCCAUCCAUCCGAGCGCCCCUUCGUGGGUCCGCGCGGCCGCCAUGACCUGGAGCGCCACCGCCCGGGGCGCCCACCAGCCCGACAACACCGCGUUCACUCAGCAGCGCCUCCCCGCCUGGCAGCCGCUGCUGUCAGCCAGCAUCGCGCUGCCGCUCUUCUUCUGCGCCGGCCUGGCCUUCAUCGGCCUGGGCCUGGGCCUCUACUACUCCUCCAACGGCAUCAAGGAGCUCGAGUACGACUACACCGGCGACCCGGGCACCGGCAACUGCUCGGUGUGCGCCGCCGCCGGCCAGGGCCGCGCGCCGCCGCCCCGCUGCUCGUGCGCCUGGUACUUCUCGCUGCCCGAGCUCUUCCAGGGCCCCGUGUACCUGUACUACGAGCUGACCAACUUCUACCAGAACAACCGGCGCUACGGCGUGUCCCGCGACGACGCGCAGCUGAGCGGGCUGCAGAGCUCGCUGCGCCACCCGGUCAACGAGUGCUACCCCUACCAGUACAGCGCGGCUGGCCUGCCCAUCGCGCCCUGCGGCGCCAUCGCCAACAGCCUCUUCAACGACUCCUUCUCGCUGUGGCACCAGCGCCUGCCCGGCGGGCCCUACGUCGAGGUGCCGCUCGACCGCACCGGCAUCGCCUGGUGGACCGACUACCACGUCAAGUUCCGCAACCCGCCGCUGGUGAACGGCAGCCUGGCGUUGGCCUUCCAGGGCACCGCGCCCCCGCCCAACUGGCACCGGCCGGUCUACGAGCUCAGCCCAGACCCGAACAACACCGGCUUCAUCAACCAGGACUUCGUGGUAUGGAUGCGCACGGCGGCGCUGCCCACGUUUCGCAAGCUGUACGCGCGCAUCCGCCAGGGCAACUACUCGGCCGGGCUGCCGCGGGGCACCUACCGCGUCAACAUCACCUACAACUACCCGGUGCGCUCCUUCGGCGGCCACAAGCUCAUCAUCUUCAGCAGCAUCUCGUGGAUGGGCGGCAAGAAUCCGUUCCUGGGCAUCGCCUACUUGGUGGUCGGCUCCCUCUGCAUCCUCAUGGGCUUUGUCAUGCUGGUCGUCUACAUUCGCUACCAGGACCAGAACGACGAAGACGAGGACGACGAGUGAACUCAAGCAGCCAAGCGGUGAGGCUCGGUCCCAGAUCCUUCGCAUGUCACAGGGCCUUGCAUUUUUCCUGCAUCACACACCCCUGGCUGAGUGAGUACAUCCCACAGAACUGGGAAGAGGAGCCUUCAAGUCUGCC